AUGAUGGCCCCGGCGCUCAUAAUAGCAGCCGCGGCCCUCGCGGCUAUAGCCAGCGCGCAGCAGCCAGGCUCGUCAUGGCAGUACCCCGUCUUCUUCAACUACACCAUUGAGGACACGUCGGCGCUGUGGUCCUACUCUCCUGGGCCUACAGCUGACGACCCCUCGCGCUUUACGUGGAACGACACGUUCUCCGGCUCAAACUGGACAACCUAUGUACCAGGGCAAGCAGGAAUCGGCGAGUCGGGCAAGUUUGCCAACGCCACUGGACCCGGCGGCUCGCCGAGCCUCUACCUCAACUUUCCACUCACAAGCUUUGACCUGCUUGGUGACGUGCUGGGGCUCAACUACUCGGCUCCCGUUGCGCCGCUGCAGAUGAUCAUCGAUUCCCGCACACCCAUGAACUGCACGCCAACGCCUGGCGUCAUCUGUUCCGCCACAAAUCUCAUCUGGGCCUUCCACAAGAUCCAGGUUUCCCUUACGUCUGGCAACUGGACAGUGAGAGGGAUACGCGUCACAACUGGCGCGGCGAUCAAGCACCAACAACUCGAAGACACAAAGAUCGACGUCGAACCGUUCGUGUUCGACAACCACACGCUUAAUCCCUUCUUCAACUUUACCGGCGACUGGAAGGUGUGGGACACGCUCGGUGGUGUCGGCGGCCAGGAGCCCGUCAACUUUACAUCGUUAGUGGGCCAAGACGGCGCUAGAGUCAACAUGACGGUGCCGCCUCGGACAGCGUGGAUCGUCAUCAACGGUACAGUGCGCCCGGAUAGCGACGAGUUCCAACUCGACUGGGAUCCGUUGCCACCGCUCGCCGACUCGCAGAUGCUCUUCUCGGCGUACAACGCGUGGGAAGCGCCGGCAUUGCUAUAUGCUGCGCCACUGGACCCGCAGACAAACUACACUGUCGGUAUCACGACGUACGAGGACUGGGACACCAACCCGAUAAACGGCACGUCGUUAGGUCUAACCACCGUUACCUUCUACAACGAACGAGACAAACCGAUCUUGCCGGGCCAACCUGAGCCGGUUCCAACCAACAAUAAUGCCAUUAUCGCUGGCGUGGUGGGUGGCGUGGGUGGGACUGCGAUCAUUGCUGGGCUCCUCUGGUGGUUCUGCUGGAGGAAACGCAAGAGAGGGAAGGGGAAGAACACUCAACUGUUACCCAAGGAGGGGUCAUCCUCGAACCUCGAUGUCGAUGAGGACCCUUACAUUGAGCUCAACGACAUGAGCGCGGCUCGUCCAACGCCGUACAUCAACACGUCGCCUGCACCCACUCCUGUUGCGAACGGGAACGAGACAAUGUUGAAUGGCAGCGCGCUGCGCAAGGCUGCAAUGUUGGCAGCUGCCUCCGGAUCGGGACACACUCAGCUUCUGGGCAACGACUCGGGACCACCACUGUCACCCAUCGACGUCACGCCACAACACUCGUUGCUCCCCUCACCGACUGGCUCCCGAACGACGCAUACUCUACCGAGCCCGGGCGGAAUCUCGCCGAUCUCACCGACCUCGGUGGCGCCAAGCCCUGUUGGGACAAUGUUCCCCGGAACCAUUGGACCGCACUUGACAGGCAUGACGGGAAUGUCAGGCAUAAACACGAACAUCAACGGGCCUGUACACCCCAUCGCUGCCGAGCUCAAGCAUGGGAGUAGUUUGCGGCGACCGCCACAGCGACAGGUCGCGCAGGAGGAGGACGGCGGCGCAGUAGACGAGUACGAACUCGUACCACCAGUGUACAACCCUGCGUGGGCACAACAGAGGCGCCAGGGAUCGAGCCAAAGCGGGUUCGGCGGUCCAAAUCUCGGCGAGGACCCGGAAGGUGUACCGCUUACUCCCACCCAACGCGCACCGCCGCCAACAUUGUCGGUCAUCACCUCAUCGCCAUACAUGCCACUAUCGGCUUCUGGAUCUCCUAGGUCUUCGCCGACGUCCGCGACGACCACGCCACGCACUGCACUUGGCUCGCACAUCCCCUCCCCUUUGUCAGCCGUAUCGAAUACGUCGCCCGUACCCCCCCCGCUCUCGGCCACGUCGACGCACCCGCCCUCGCCCCUGGCGAUGACGAACCGCCUAGCGCCCAGCGACUACUCGCACGAGUCAUACGACCGGCAGUCGAGCGAAUAUGUUCACUACGACUCGCCACCGGCGGACGAGCCACUCCCAAUCGAGCGUUCACAGGGUAACGUCGCCUCGCUCGUAUCCCGUUUCCAGAUCGCGGUGACACGCGAUGCCACCCCCCGUCGCCCGAGCUCAAGCUCAGGCCGCCGAGCAAGCGGUUGGGCCGAGAAUGUCGCCGACGACAACCACACUCCUUCCACUUCCCAGCCCACGCCCGAUAUCGACAACGCCCCUGAACCCCAGCCAGUGAUCAUCGAACCCGUGCCCGAGCCAGAACCGCCCAAGUCUGUCCAUGUAGAGCCUGUGCCCGCGGAAUCUCCCCUCAAGAGCAAGGAGAAGGACACGGCCAAAGUCGCAACAAAGGGCCGUCCCAAGGUCCUCAAGCCGUCAAAGGAGAAUGAGCUGAAGAAUCACACAGCACAAAGGACGAACGCCAAGGACACCAAGGACCUCAAAGAACGCCACGGCGAGCUCAAGGAUCGCCGCGGCAAGCCCCUCCCUCGGCCGAGCAUGACACCUGGAUCCGUCUCCCCUGCCCCGCCGCGCGCACUCAAGCCCAAGCUGUCCAUGCCCAAGUUAAAGCCGUCACAUUCCGGCCCGUCUGACGGCCGGCCACCCCACAAAGUGCCUCGCCGCCCAGCGAGCGCCCAACCGUUUCCGCAGCAGGGCACCGGCGCGUCCAUGGUCUCCCAGCGGACUGGUGGCAGCUCCGCCUCUCGCGGCAGUGUAGGGAGCGACAGCAGUCCCUCGAAGCCGACCGCAAGCAGCUUAGCCAAGUUGCGUCCGCGCUCGAGUCUCGGCGCCACGCCUACACCUUCCCACAAGUCACCCACGCCGACGGAGCGCCGUCCCCGUCACUCGACCCCGAUAAUGAGGUCGCCGCCCUCGGCGCAGAGUGCGUCCACCUCCCGACUGAUGCAGGGCACCGCUGCGAGCCGCGCGCGUGCGGCGGCUGUGCAGUCGUCGCACACGCCGACGAAGCGGGAGCCUAGCACUGGGCCGAAGUCGCUCAAGAGCAGCACGAGCAGUGCCAGUAGCGCGCGGUCGCCGCCCUCCAAGUCUACUCCCGCCCGCUCGCCCCCGGCAGCUGAUACCCGCAAAGUGCCCGCUCCAGUUGGCCGGUCGCCUAUCGGCCGCCUUGGGCUCGCGGCGGCGCGUGAGGCCCCGCGUCCGGACGAGGUGGCGGCGAACAAGGAGGUGGCUGCUGCUGCUGCUGAGGCUGAGGCUGAGGUCGAGGGCGAUGUCGAGAAGAAGGAGGAGAAGGCAGACGAUGGCGAGGGCGCUAAGAGGGAAGACGGCGGCGAGAAGAAUGACGACGGUACGGAGAAGGACGACGGCGCGGAUAAGGACGACGGCGCGGAGAAGGACGACACUGAGGGCGACGACAAGCCUACCGAGUAA